GGCUCCCCAAGGCAGAAGAGUCGUCGGAAAGGGGAGCUACCUCUCCCGCUAGCCUCCAACCAGAGAUGACACCUGGAUCCCCAGCUUAAAAGACACCGAGGAGGGAAGCCUGUGUGGGAGGGUGUGAGUUUUUCUCUCAUUGCCUGUGGAAGCUGAGUGUUGGCCGGAUGCCCAGUGUGGUACUGCAUUCAAACACCCACAGAACACAGGCGUGUUUGUUAAGCAAGCCAGUGAUCAAAAACUCCUACAGGAAGAUCCGAGAACCCCCAAGAGCCCUCCUGGAUAGCACUAGGACUUUGGAUGGAGUGAGACAGAACCCUCACGCUGGCUGAAGGUGGCAGAGCAUCCAGCUGGCCCGUCUACUAUGCCUUUUAGUAGCUGUGGAGACAGACGGGGGAUUCUUAUAAAUUGCAAAGGAAAAUACAUCACUCACCCAUGGAGGGGAAGAAGCAACUGUGUAAAAGGGACUUUGGCAAGAGACUCUCUCUGGACAGCAGUCUUGUGGAAUACAUGGACUCGAAUAAGUGCAUUGAGCAUCUGCUGACACAGCUCAGGGAGCAACACCGAAGUCUCUGGCGGGAGAAGUUGGCUGUGGCCAGGCUGCAGAGAGAAGUUGCCCAAAGGACAAACCAAGGGGCCAUGCAUGAGAAGCUGAUACAUGAGUUGGAAGAGGAGCGACAUUUACGGCUACAGAGUGAGGAGCGCUUGAGGGAGGUGACCCUGGAGUCAGAGCGCAACAGGAUCCAGAUGCGAGGCCUGCAGCAGCAGUUUUCCAGGAUGGAGGAAACUGUCCGAAGUCUGUUGCAGAGCCAAGGGUCUCCAGAGCAGAAAAGGGAAGAACCUGCCAAGAUCGCGACCUACCAGGAAAGAGUGUCUGAGGAAGAGAGAAAACACCAAGAAACGCUGGGGGAUCUCCAUGCAGCAGUCGACGAAGACUCAAGAAGUGCCGAGGAGGGAAAAGAGAACACCAGGCUGCUCUUCAAGAGACUGAAGGCUCUGGAGGCGGAGAAUUCAGCACUGGCGCUGGAAAAUGAGAAUCAAAGAGAACAGUAUGAGAGAUGUCUUGAUGAGGUAGCCAACCAAGUUGUUCGAGCUCUACUCACUCAAAAGGAUCUGAGGGAGGAGUGUGUAAAGUUGAAAACCAGAGUGUUUGACUUGGAACAACAGAACCGAGCGCUUAGCAUCCUGUUCCAACAGCGAGUCAGACCAGCUUCUGAUGUCUUCCUCCAGGAACACCUCCAGAAUGCCAAAUCAGGAACCCCCACCUUGAAACACUCUGGCUCGGGGUUAGUCAUCCCUGAUCACCUCUGUCCUCGAAACAGCUGCAGCAGCAGUGAGCUGUCCCUGUCCAGCACCUGCAGCGAGUACUCCAGUGGUUCCUCCUACACGUGGCAGGACAGGAAGCUCCUUGGGAAAAGGCAAUCAUCACAGAACUGGGAUAAAAGAUGGAAUAUCGAUUCUUCGCUCCCCAGUGGCUUUGCCAGCCCUGCAGAUGAACUACCUCCAACCCGUAUCAAAGAAAGUCACAUUUUGGAAGGGCUAAGGAAGCUCCAGAAGCGGAAAGUGUUACUGGAACCACCGUCGGUGAUAACCAAGUGGGGUUAUAAGGACUGCAUGAACUCCAAUGAAGGGAUCUAUUCUCCAGGAAUUAAAAAUAGCCACCUCAAGGAGUCUCCCUCCUACCAACCGCCCAGCCUGGGGAUCCCCUGCAAGGACCUCCUCCAUCAUCCCUUCACCUAUGAUGCAAAUUCCCAUGAGAAUACAGAUGAGGACUCCCCACCCUCAGCUUUGGUGCAAGCAGCUCCCAGCCAGGGCCACAGGAUGCAGGGCAGUAAAUUAACCCACAGUGUUUCAGACAGCCUAUUUAGCUGGGAGCCACAUGGAAAAUACUUUUCAGAAGGUACAGCCUCGGUGUAUACCAGAGAAAUGCCCGAAAGGCUAGUUCGUUGUGCUAGCCACUGUCCCUUGGAGAGGAAGCUAUGCCCCAGCAUGCACCAGCCCUGGGUGCAGAGGGACAGGGACCCACAUGGCCGUGGUCAUGGCCGCGUGGCCCUGACCCUUCAGCUUUCAGACACUGAUGACUGUGACACCCUAAAUGAGCUGCACAUAGAGAGCAGUGACGAGAGAAGCGCUUCAGACCUGUCACUGACAGGGGACACUGACAAGUCCAUGGAGAACCUCGAUGUGGGAUCAGGAAAGUCUGAAUGUGGCUUUCGUGAUGUGGAGGAAGAAGAAUGUCUCUCCCACUUAGAGACGAAGCCAAAGACCUUUGGUUUCAUCAGGCAGCAAAGGGUUGUCAAGAGGACCUCCUCGGAAGAAUGUGUCACGGUCGUGUUUGAUGCAGAAAAUGGAGAGCCCGUUGAAUUCAGCUCCCAUCAGACUGGAGUUGUCACUGUGACCAGGGAUGAAAUUUCCAUAGACCCAACCCCUGCUGGGCCCUCAGAACUCACUCAACUUUCACCUCAGGGAAUUACUCAUUUACAGCCGGGAGCUACUGCAAGAGACUAUCCUUUUCAGAAGAGACCUGAAGAGGAGACUGAGAAAAACAUUCCAAAAGACGAGAACAGUAUUCCCACAGCUCUGACAGACUCCUUUGGCUCUCGGACUAUAGUAACUCAGAAUUCCCCACGACCAGUACUCACCAAACCAACACAAGGUGGAGCCUGGCAGAAUAAUUCUAGACCUGGGACAAACACAGGUGUCUAUGCAAAACAAGGUCUGACGAAAAUUCCUUUCAGAGCCAAGUCUUCACCUCAGAAAUCAAAACUGGUGGAGCCUGUGCCAGCCAUGCUAGUCCCCUCCAGUGCCCUAGUGACUCUUGAAAAGACACCAGCAUCCCCUCAAGGGAAACUUCCACAAUGUACAAAGAUGCAGAGCCCUGGUUCUUUCCGUGAUGUACAACCAGAAUCACACAUUCCAAAACACCCCACCCAGCUUCCUCAUGUCCCCAAUAAUGUUUCCAGUAAGAAGAAUUGGGUUCAAUGUCCCAAGAGUCAGGCUCCAGAGAUCCAGUCACAGCAUCUCAUGGGGAAUGGUGACUAUGGUGAAUCCCCCAUGAAGGCCAAACGCUGUGGCUCUGGGCCAGAGUCAAGAGUGAGGUCUCCCUCCCCUCCACCCCCUCCAGGAAGGUCAGUCUCCCUCCUGGUCAGACCCAGUCAUGAUUGUACCCCACUGCCAUCACCUGCCAAACCUGAGACUAGGGUCCCCAGGGACGCUCUAAGUGCAGGGUUGAAAUCUCCACUGUUGAAAGGAUCCUCUGUUCCUGUCAUCUCCUCCAGUCCAGCUGUGCCAGAACUGCAGAAGAAGAAACCUUCUUUGGCCUCCAAAAGGCCUGCCUUCCCUCCAGCUCUCCCUCCUACAGAUGCAGUGGUGCAUACCCAAUACCCUGAGCACACAUCCUCCAGCUCAUUUGCUGUGAUGGCUCCAGGGCCUCCAAAGGUCUCUCCAAAGAGAGGCAUCUCCAAAUAUCCCCCUCACCAAACACUUGGAACCACACACAUGGACACUGAGUUACAGACACCCAAGACUUGUCUUUCAACCUAUGAACUCCUAGAGGUAGCAUCCUCUAAAAGCCUGUCUCCAGGGAGAAAAGGACAGUUGAGUGACAGAUCUAUGAUACCCCACAGGCCUUCCUUCUCAGGGGCAAAUGAGUCCUUGACACCUCAGGUUAACACUUCCUCCCCAUCUUCCUCAUCCUGCAGAAGCCAGGGUGCAUCACAAAGCCUUCAAAACCCUCCAGAGAAAGGACCGAAAACACGCCUCCCAGUUGGACUCAAAGUUCUCAUGAAGUCUCCUCAGUUGCUCAGGAAAACGUCCGUGGUGCCAGGGAAACAAGAGAAAGAUAGUUUAAAUGAAGCGUCUAGAAGUUCUGUGACUUUGAACAAGUCUAAUCCCAAGGACUCCAGAGACCCAGCAAGUCUGGAGGCCUCAGGAGAGGCGAGAACAAUGGCCUUGCUAGGUCCACAAGGUCCGGAAAGUUUAGCUAGAGAGCUUCCUUUAGAGUCAACAUUGCCAGAGUCAUUGGAAAGCAGCAUCUCCAGAGCUGACGGAAGAGAUGGGGUGGAGAGCAGAUCUGUGAAAAGAUCCUUCUCCUCCAGCAAGCCACACCUAAAGCCAGCUCUAGGCAUGAACGGAGCCAAAGCUCGGAGUCAGAGCUUCAGUAUCCAUUUGGCAGAGAAGUCCUCCCAGCCCCCAACAGAAGGACCAGGCAAGAUUCGAACUCAGAUCAUUACCAACACGGCUGAGAGAGGCAAUUCCCUCACCAGGCAGAACAUCUCCAUGGAAGGGUCCCCAAGCAAGACCUCCUCUGUCUCCACAUCUGACAGUCUUCCCAAUGUGGGAAGGCCCCUGGAACAGUCCUUUUCCAGGCAGGGUUCCCUCUACAGCACAGGAGGUUCUAGCAGCCAGCAGGGAAGCCCAAGUAAGUUACCUUUGAGGAUGCUCACAAGGCCGGAAGAACUCCCCACCCCUGCAGUGGGAGACCAACAGAUCUAUACCCAGGAAGAAUGUCCUGGGGUGGAUGUAGUACGGGAGCAAUCUAGCAGUGACCACCACAGGCAUCCAUCCACCCCACCAGACUGCCCUCAAUCCCUACACAUCCCAGGGAGGAUGCAGCGUCCAGGCAAUUUAGAAACAAAUGUGAUAUCCAAGCUAGAAACUUCUGGAUGCCAUCCAGAGGCUUCUCCCACCGGGCCUGGUAUCAUGAGCCCAGAAGCCCCCCUCACACCCUCCAUUGAAGAAAAGGUCAUGUUGUGCAUUCAGGAGAAUGUGGAAAAAGGCCAAGUACAGACAAAGUCCGCCUCUGUGGAAGUGAAGCCCAGGGCAGGGCCUUCGUUCACCAGCUGGUUUGGUUUUCGGAAGAGCAGGCUUCCAGCUCUCAGUAGCAAGAGAAUGGAGACCUCCAAAAGUAAAGUGGAAAAGAAAGAUACAAAGCUGAAAUCGGAGAGGAAAAAAGAAAAGAAGAAAGCUGAGGUACAAUCCAAGCUAGAAAGCGAAUUGAAUAGGGGCACCAAGGUGGCAGAUGGUCGGAGUUCAGAUGGUGGUUCUCGAACCACCCAUAAUCUGAAAGCAUCACAAGACAUUUAUAAUGAAAUGAAGUUGGAGCCAAGAAAUAGACCCAGCCCAGCUGUGUGCUCAACAAAAGAUUCCUUCAUGACAGAACUUCUAAACAGAGUUGAUAAGAAAGCGGCUCUCCAGACAGAAAGUGGAUCAAAGGGUGUUUCCUGCAGGAGCGUGUUAGAGGGCACCUCCCAGGGCUCCUGUUUCGCCAGCAGCUCUGUCAGCACUCAAGGAAGUCAAAAGAAAAACAUCAAAACCAAAGUCGAUAUGGAAAAACCAAGCGAAUCCCUGGGGGCAGAGGUCGACGAAGAAGAUGAACGAGAGGAUGAAGAAGAUGGAGUUGCUGACUCUGCGCUUCAGAGCCACGUGAUAGAAUCAAACUGCCAGAUGAGAACCUUGGACAGUGGGAUUGGAACUUUCCCUCUCCCAGACUCAGGAAACCGCUCAAUGGGAAGAUACCUAUGCCAGCCCGGCUCCCCAGAGGUCACUGAGCCCCUCCCACCUCUCCAGCCAGCCCCUUCCGUAGCUUCCUCUGCUAGAGCCCAAACCCUGGAACGUGAAGUGCCUUCCUCCACAGACAGCCAGAACUCCGCUGAGUCCACCAUCAUCCAUUCCAUAUCUGACCCCAGCAUGAUUGCCAGAGGGAUGCAUCUGCAGAGUCACCAUCCCAAGCCCACCUCCUCAGGAAAAACCAGUUUCCAAAAGCAGAAUGAAGCAGAGUCAGAGACCCAGACUGGCCCAUCAUUUGACUAUGAUGAGGAUGCAGUGGCAAGUGAGCCCCUUUCAGGAUGGAGGGGUGAAGAUGCUACCAAUGAGACCCAGGAACUGAAACAAGUUGAAGAAACAAAAGAAGAUCCUGAGAAUAGAUUAUCUGAAAUUUCCCCAGAGUCGUUCGAUACAUUUAACAGCAAUACUGUGAUUUUAUUAGAGACAGAGAAGUCUCCAAGCUCGGUUAAAGAACAGGAAGAGGAGAAAGGCGGCAAGACAGAUGCGCCAUCGAGUGCCCUGGCCAAGCCUGGGGUGGACAACGUGGAGUCUCUCAGCGACUCUCUGUAUGACAGCUUCUCCUCCUGUGCAAGUCAAGGUUCCAAUGAUGCCUAGGGGAGCACCCCUCAGUGAGACCUGAGCACGGAGCUGGGGGUGCAGGGAGCACUAGCUCCAGAGAAGCUGAAGGCAGCCAACACACACGAGUCUACUCCCCUAGUGGACUGAUCAAGAUCGCCGCGACUCACUGUGUCUCAUGAGGAUUAAAAGCAAAAUAUGAUAGAGAAUUCUCAAUGUUUGCACUUUUUUUUGAGUAUUUGUAUAAAAGCUGUAAAUUUAGGGGAAAGAGAAAUUAUAUUUCUAGGGGGAGAAAGAUAGCAAUAAAAAGAGUUGGUGCCAUGCUCUUGAAAUGAUGUAUUAAGUUUUAGAAGUUGAUAAUAUAUUUUUUAAAAAACUCCAACUAAGGAUUUUGUGAAGUUAAUCAUCCUGGUCGUCAAAUUAUUUGUGUAUACACUGUGUCAAUCUGAACAUGGGGCCUGCAGAGGGCUGGGGUAGCCACUGUCUCUCAGAGUCUCAUUUGAUUGAAAAUUUGAAUCGUGGUCCAGUUUCCAGAUUGUCACUGGGAAGACUUCGUUGUGAUGCCAUCCAUCGGUAGUGCUUCUGCUGUGUGCAGAAGGGGGCAAGUCUCAGCAGGCCUCACCCCCAGCAUCCUCCAUCUUCCCCUUUGUACUUCUGUACAAUUCUGAGUGUUUGCUGACUUUUUUAUCUCCCCACUUUUUUAAAUUAAAAUCUGGGUACUCUAUUUGACAUAUCCACUUUAUAAAAAUAAAUGAAUGAUUGGUGCUAUAAAAAUUUCUUACUUUUUA